CUGUGCUGCGGAAAGGCAUGGUUGGAGAAUCCCCCUCUCCGCUUUCCCCCGUGAAGCCCUUUCCUUUCUUAAUUCUGGCCGCCACCGCCCUGGCUGUUUUGAAGACAGACGCUCACAGGGCAGGGCUUUCUGUGGAGGCUGGAGAAGAGGUCAAAAUUCCCUGCCCACUUGAGGGGCCCAGACUGACUUGGUACUGGAUUCCGCGUUACCCCAUCUGUGCUGGCUUCAGCCAUGGAGGCAAGAAGGAAAUAUUCUCUACAACUUCUGCCGGAGAAGACCUGCUGCUACUGGAGCGGUUUCAACGGCAAGCAGAAAAGCAAGGAGAAAAGGGAAAGGGGAACUUAAUUCUCGUCCUCAAAAGCCUCCACAUGAACGACUCGGGCACUUUCUACUGUUCCAAUGGCAACAAAAAUUCGUCAAAGAUCUCCGUCUCAGUGGAGCUUGGACGUCCCUAUUUGAAAUGUUGGAGAGUAUGGAGUUAUGUGACCUGCUGAGCCACGGAAAUAAGUAACACUAUACAACCUUUGGAAGACAUCCCAAGGCAGCCCUGCAUAGGGAAGUUUUAUAUAUAUAUAUAAAAAGUUUAAUGUUUUGUUAUGUUUUUAUAUAUGUUGGAAGCUGCCCAGAGUAGGCUGGGGCAAAAUUGAGUGAUCUGAUGUCGAAGGACGAGAGCCAUUUGUAACCCCAUCAGAACACUGUGCUGGACAGAGAGAUUUAAACGUCUCUGCUCACCCCAAUGUAAUGUUAAUCUGUUUUCUUUUUCCCAACACUGCCACAAUGGAGGGGUGGAAGGAAGUGUGAUCAGGACCCCAACUGUAGAGUAUUUGGGAUGAAGGAACCAUAGUCUCUGUUAGAGGAAUAGCAUAGGAGGAAAUUCGGUCACGGGAAGAACUGAGGUCAGAUCCCCUGGUCUGAUCGUUUGUUAUGUACUGAGCUGAAUCCUAGAACAAUAGGAUCCAGAAUGCAGCAGUCUGAUUGGUCCGCAGGAACCACCCAAUCCAGCUCCAGGUGGAAGUGAAUCAACAACCUGAUUGGCCUGCCGGAGCAGCCAAUCAGGCUUCUGGAGGAAGUGAAUCCGCAACCUGAUUGGCCUACAGGAGCAUCCUUGAAGUAGCCAAUCACACAAGGCCCAUUGUGUAAAUAAUGUAUAUAUAGCAGAUGUUUUGGGGAAAGAGCCAUUCUUCUUUUGCUACUACAAGCUGAAUAAAUUCACUCUCGACUCCAAGUAUAUUUCAUCGUUCUUAUUCAUUCGUUCAUUUAUGUCAGAUAAAGAAAAUGGAAUUGAUGUCAGACCUUCUGCCCUACCCCCUCGACACCAUGGUUCGGUAACCCUCUCCUGUAAUUCCUGUAAGGACCAGAGAGAGGAUAAAUCUGAUCGCGACAUGAAGAUCACCUGGACUCAAAAUGGCGUGCCAGUAUCCAACAAUACAGAUAUCCGGGAAAUAAGGAACGUCGUAACAAUAAAACAAUUUUCAAGACGCCAUUAUGGUCUCUGGAACUGUUCUCAUCCUGCCUGUCAGAAUGGCUACUGUUUGGAAGGCAAUUUAGAAAAUCCAAGAAUGAAGGAUGGCACGCCGUCUGAGCCAAACUCUCA